AUGGCACCAAAGAAGAAUAGAUAUGUGAUGAAAGAUUUGACGAGUAUUUUUGCCAAAGCAUUUAGCAUUAGCAGCUGCAACCCAGCUCUGCCUGUAGAUGGUGUUGCUGGACAAGAAGAAGAGGAAGAGGAUGUGGGCAUUGAGGCCACUAUUGAUGAUCCGAUAGCUAGCCAAGGGGAAGGGGAUGGGCUGAUUGAAGUGAUGAACUCAGACCACGUUGAGCCUGAUCCAAGGCUUUGGAUUCUAAUUGAUGAUUUUCAUCCCAACAUCAGAGAUGAAGUUAGAUUGGCUUAUGUGGCAAAGGGUCCAACUCGACCAGUUGGCAAGAUCCUGUGGAUGAAAAAAUUGGUUAUACUACCUUCACCAAAGAGGGGUAUACAACUUGGAAGAAUGCAUACAAAGCAUUAUUCUCUUCAUGUUGGUGGUGCCAAGAGUAUCCACAAUCAAGCAAAGACAGCAUGUGAAGAUUUCAAAAAUCAAAGGUCAAGUCUAAAACAUAAGGUUACAACCUAUAGCAAAGAAUCACUAGUCAAGUUCCUCUAUUUGAUGGCGGCGCCUCCGGUCACGGCUCCCGCGACCUCCGGGUGUCUGUCCGGUGCCAAGGCGCGCUGGGCUGCUGAGCGGAGCUCCAGCUCGUUUGCCGUCUCGUCUCCUGCGAUUGGCCUUUGCCAAUUUGGGAGCCGCGUCCUCAGCGUCCGUGCCAAGGUUGCCACCGGCGUGCAGAGGGCCAGCAUUGUGGAUGAUGGAGCGGAAAGGCCGUGGAAGCUCAGUGAUGCUCGUCUUGUCCUGGAAGAUGGUUCUGUGUGGAGGGCCAAGUCUUUUGGUGCUUCAGGAACACAAGUCGGUGAAGUUGUUUUCAACACAUCACUGACAGGCUAUCAGGAGAUUUUGACUGAUCCAAGCUAUGCUGGUCAAUUUGUCCUGAUGACCAAUCCCCAUAUUGGGAACACUGGCGUUAAUCCUGAUGAUGAAGAAUCAAACCAAUGUUUUCUUGGUGGCCUAAUCAUAAGAAAUCUAAGCAUAUGUACUUCCAACUGGCGAUGCAAAGAAACACUUGAAGAGUAUCUGAUUAAGAGGAACAUCAUGGGAAUAUAUGACGUGGAUACACGUGCUAUAACACGAAGAUUAAGAGAAGAUGGUAGUCUUAUUGGUGUCUUGAGUACUGAUCAGUCUCAGACAGACAAUGAGUUGUUGGAAAUGGCCCAAAAGUGGAAAAUUGUUGGAGUGGAUUUGAUUAGUGGUGUCACAUGUGAUGCUCCAUAUGAAUGGUCGGACAAGACCAAUUCAGAAUGGGAGUUCAAGAGGGAUCAGUCAAGUGAAACUUUCCAUGUGGUUGCCUAUGACUUUGGUAUCAAGCAUAAUAUUUUGAGACGAUUGACAUCAUAUGGAUGUAAAAUAACAGUUGUUCCAGCAAAUUGGCCUGCUUCAGAGGUACUCAAUUUGAAGCCUGAUGGUGUUCUUUUUAGCAAUGGUCCUGGAGAUCCAGCUGCAGUUCCGUAUGCUGUGAAGACAGUACAAGAAAUAAUUGGGAAGGUUCCUGUUUUUGGCAUCUGUAUGGGCCACCAAUUGAUUGGGCAGGCUCUUGGUGGGAAGACAUUUAAAAUGAAAUUUGGUCAUCAUGGUGGGAAUCACCCUGUCUGCGAUCUCCGUAGUGGACGUGUAGACAUAAGUGCACAGAACCAUAACUACGCAGUUGACCCAGAAUCACUUCCAGAAGGAGCAAAAGUAACUCACGUCAAUCUCAACGAUAAUAGUUGCGCUGGCCUUCAGUACUCCAAGAUGAAGCUUAUGUCUCUCCAGUACCAUCCUGAGUCUUCCCCAGGUCCGCAUGACUCAGACACAGCCUUCGCUUUUCGAUGUGCAUCUGAUCUGGAAACUUUCUCGUUUAUCCGUAGUGCACUUGUAGAUGCUCUGUCUAACCAGAUUGACGACUACAAUUGCAUCUUGAAGAAUAAAAUGGACCAACAUGAUUCCAUGUCUGACUCACCAAGGAGGCGGUACAACCUUCUGCGUGACAAGGUCCAACUGGUGAAAAGGAAGGACUCAAAUCGCUAUGAGAUUGUCCGCUUCCAUGAUUCAUUGUCUUUUGAGAAAGGCUUCUUUGUUGUGAUCCGUGCUUGCCAGCUCUUGGCGCAGCACAAUGACGGGAUAAUAUUUGUUGGUGUUGCUGGCCCCUCUGGUGCUGGGAAGACGGUGUUUACUGAGAAGGUGGUCAAUUUCAUGCCUGAUGUUGCUGUGAUAUCAAUGGACAACUAUAAUGACGCAACUCGCAUAGUCGAUGGCAAUUUUGAUGAUCCACGUCUGACAGACUAUGACACACUGCUGGAAAAUAUUCAUGGUCUGAAGGAAGGAAGGUCAGUUCAGGUUCCAAUAUAUGAUUUCAAGUCGAGCUGCCGGACCGGUUAUAGAACAGUUGAUGUCCCUAGCUCCCGAAUUGUUAUCAUUGAAGGUAUUUAUGCACUGAGUGAGAAGUUACGGCCUGUGAUGGACUUGCGUGUUUCUGUCACUGGUGGUGUCCAUUUUGAUCUAGUGAAGAGAGUUUUAAGGGAUAUACAGCGAGCUGGCCAGGAGCCUGAAGAAAUAAUUCAUCAGAUCUCUGAAACGGUUUAUCCAAUGUACAAGGCUUUCAUCGAACCAGAUUUGGAGACCGCACAUAUUAAAAUCACCAACAAGUUCAACCCAUUCUCAGGGUUCCAAAAUCCUAUGUACAUUCUAAAGUCACCAAGGUCUCUAGCACCUGAGAAAAUCAAGGCUGUGCUUGGUGAUGAUCAUAAGGAAAGCAACGAAGAAACUUAUGAUAUAUAUCUACUUCCACCUGGUGAAGACCCAGAAGCCUGCCAAUCUUACUUGAGAAUGCGGAAUAGGGAAGGGAAAUAUAAUCUAAUGUUUGAGGAAUGGGUAACCGACAAUUCUUUUAUCAUAUCACCAAGGAUCACUUUUGAAGUCAGUGUACGUCUUCUUGGUGGUUUGAUGGCAUUGGGAUAUACUAUAGCAGCUAUACUGAAGAGAAGCAGUUGUGUUUUUUCUGAUGGCAAGGCAACUGUUAAAAUUGAUUGGCUGGAACAACUUAACAGACAGUAUAUACAAGUGCAAGGAAGAGAUCGUCUUUAUGUUAAAUUUGUAGCGGAUCAGUUAGGUUUGGAUGGUUCUUAUAUACCACGCACAUAUAUUGAACAAAUUCAGCUGGAGAAAUUGAUUAACGAUGUUAUGGCAUUACCAGAAGAUUUGAAGACAAAGCUCAGCAUCGAUGAUGAGCUGGUCUCAAGUCCAAAGGAAGCCUUUUCCCGUGUUUCUGCUGAUCGGAGGAACAAGCUUAUGAAGAGUGGCCUAUCUCAAUCAUAUUCAACGCAUGGAGACAAAAAUAUUGUGAAAUUGAGUAAACUAACAGAAACCAACAGGAGGUUUGGUGCAGGGCGAGCCCUUGAACCGCCUGCUAUCAACCAGGGUGCAAUCACCCAGCUUUCAGAACAGAUAUCAACAUUGAAUGAAAGGAUGGAUGAGUUUACCUCUCGAGUUGAAGAACUCAAUUCAAAAUUUACGGUGAAGAAACAUUUGCCCAGUCAGCAGAACUUAGCUCUUCCAAAUGAUGCUUGUAAUGGUUCAACACCUACAAAUCUCUUUCUCUCUCAGUUAGGCAAUGGUACUCUGAUACCUCAUUCUUCAUCGUCAAACCAACUUGCAAAGGAUUCCCCGAUGAUAGAAGAGAUUAUGAACAUAUCAAGAGGUCAGCGCCAGGUUAUACAUCAGCUCGACAAUCUAACCAACCUGCUUCAUGAGCAUUUGGUCUUAACACGCCAAGCAAAUACCGCUAGCAGGAACCGGGUGCUGGAUAUCGACACAGUCAUCUGUCCACUUAUUUGCCUGACUGUUGCCAGUAUUGGGUACUUCAUGUUUAAAGGUCUCAACAGGGGCUGA